CGCUCGGCUGAAGCUCUCCCCUACGGCAGCAAGACAACUUGCCUCCGGGAACGACAGCGGACUUUCCCUCCCCACCUUCCCCACGGCUUCGAGCGGGAGGACACGGCCAGCAUGGAGGAGUAUGACGCCCUGCUGCAGGAGCUCUCCGAGAACAUCACCAACGAGGACCUGGACCAGCUGAAGUCGGCGUGCAAAGAGGACAUCCCCAGCGAGAAGAGCGAGGAGAUCACCUCCUGCCAGGACUGGUUCUGUUACCUGGAGAAGCACGACAAGCUGGCGAAAGACAACCUCUCCUACAUAGAACACAUUUUCGAGAUCUCUCGACGUCCCGACCUCCUCACCAUGGUCAUCGACUACAGGACCAAAGUUUUGAAAAUUUCCGCAGAGGAAGAACUCGACACGAAACUAACUCGGAUCCCUAGUGCCAAAAAAUACAAAGGUGAGCCCUUUUGUAUGAACAAAUUGCCUGUGUAA